AUGAAGUGUAGGGAAGAAGUGGGUCAAACUGUGAUGGCCAUUUUCUAUAAAGUAGAUCCAUCUGACGUCAAGAAGCUAACCGGAGAGUUNGGGNAGGUUUUUAAGAAAACUUGUGCGGGUAAAAGUAAGGAGGACAUCGAAAGAUGGAGACAAGCUCUUGUGAAAGUGGCUACAAUCGCUGGCUACGAUUCAAGAAAUUGGUUAGUUCUUUUGUAUCCUACUUGCUCUUAUAAUCUUUCAAACACAUCAAAGUAA